AUGAGUGAUUCCGAAGAACUUAUCGAAGCAGAUGGCAUCGAUCCUUCCUUGAUCGAAGAAGUCGAACCCGCCUAUCACUUUCCAACUCUAAGACACAAUUUCCAUUGGAUCACGAGAAUCUACAAAUUCCAUCAGUUCUCUAGCCAAGUACGCGCAAUGAAUCAGGCGAAUUUUGUAGUAAAGCGAGCGCCAGUCGAACAAUACUGGUUCUGGUUGGUGGAGAAAAGACUGAAGGAAUGGCCUCAGGCGCCAGAAUCUAUCGAGGAGAGGGAGGCUCUUUUGCGCUUGGCUUUCGAACAACGAGCUAUGGAGGCUGGAGACCCUAGUGUUGCGCAAAGUAGCAUUGAUGCCGAAUUUACUAUCUCCCGGUGCGUAGAGCAGCUCGCCUUCACUCAGGAUGAUUUCAAUCAUAUCGAUGGCUCGGCCUUAGCUGUCGUUCCAAAUCAGACGGCUACGGGCACAGUCUCCGCAGAGCAAGAGGCUGCUAAUGAGGCCGAGCAAGCUCGUUUGUUUGGCGAAAGUCGGGAGCGAACAGGUCUUGGUGGUGUUAGCGGUGGUGUUAGCGUUGGCGAAUCUGGUGAAGAUGUUGACGCGGAUGGAGAUGUUGCCAUGGGAUAG